AUGCUUAAGUCAACAUACACCGCUCCUCCACCUUUGCCCCCAGGGUGGACAGAGCAUCGAGCUCCCACAGGCCAUUUGUACUACUAUAAUUCCUCUACCAAGCAAUCGACAUAUACCAGGCCUCAAGCUGCCCCCGAGCCUACACCGGCUGCGCCCGAUUUUCCACAACCAACCUAUGACCCCGAGACACUACCUGCAUUCUCUUCAACACCCUAUGGACCUGCAGGGUUUGGCCCGGGGCCAGCGCAGUUUGACCAUCGGCAAGACUUCCGUGGCCGGGGAGGGUUCCGCGGCGGCAGAGGCUAUCAUGACCAUCGCCGGAGAGAACCCGAAGAUCGACCAAAGAAGAAACACGCCAUACCCGACUGCGCGCCGUGGUUACUAGUUAAGACCAAGCUUGGGCGGCGAUUUGUAUACAACCCUGAUACGAAUGAGAGCUUUUGGAAAUUUCCCCAGGAGGUCUUAAAAGGCGUGGUUGAAUUCGAUCGCCUCGAGCGUGAGAAGAAGGAAAAGGAAGAACGUGGCGAGGAGCCCGGGGAACCAGCCAAAGCACUACCUUCAAAACAAGACGACCACGCAGAACCCCAAGAAGCCACAGGAGAAGCCCAAGGCGCAGAUGACGAUGAUGAAUACGAAGAGGUCGAGGUCACAGACAGCGAAGGAGAAGAUGGCCAGCCAUCCAAGCGCCCACGAACUGAAAGCGAGGGCGCCCAGGACCAGCCUUUAGAGUUUACCGAGGAAGAUAUGGAAUAUCAACUCGCCGCCAUGGGUGAAGAGUAUGGGCUUGAUCCCGGCGAAUACGGUGAGGCAGGGGAAGAAGAAUGGGAAGAGGGCGCAGAAGGCCUACCGCUCACUGAGGCCGAUGCCGAAGCCCUCUUCCGUGACUUGCUCGAUGACUUCCAAAUCAACCCGUUCACGACAUGGGAAAAUGUCAUUGAAGAAGGACUUAUCAUUGAGGAUCCCCGGUACACAGCACCCUCAAAUAUGAAGGCACGACGAGAAAUAUUCUCCAAUUGGACCAGGGAUCGUAUCCAGUACGUCAGGGACCAAAAGGCGAAGCAGGAAAAGUCAGACCCGCGCAUUAAAUACCUGGCAUUGCUGCAAGAACAUGCGACCCCCAAGCUUUACUGGCCCGAGUUCAAGCGCAAGUAUAGGAAAGAGCCGGAGAUGAAGGACUCUCAGCUUUCGGAUAAAGACCGCGAGAAGUUCUAUAGGGACUACAUUGCGCGUCUGAAACAACCGGAAAGCACACGGAAAUCUGAUCUGUCAGCCUUGCUCAAAUCGGUUCCCUUGCACGCGUUGAAUCGGUCUUCGAAUGUGGAUGCUCUACCAACUGUUGUUAUCACCGAUAUUCGCUAUAUUGGACUCGCACCGAAGGUGCGCAAUCCAUUAAUCGAGGCCUACAUAUCUACCCUGCCUCCAGCGCCAGAGGUGCAAAUGACGGCAGAGGAACAAGCAGAACUUGACCGGAAACGAAACGAGCGGGAGAAGCGUGAAAAGGCCUUGGCCAAUCGAGAGAAGCGAGUGGAGGAAGAGAAACGGAGACAGCGUGGAGAUCUCAUCCGUGGCAAGCAUCUUCUGCGCGAAGGCGAGGCCGAGAUCGAAGAGGCAAUGAAGGUCAACAAGGACGGACUACGAAGCUACAUGGACAUUGACCAGGUGGAAAGUGAGGAACAAAAGCCGAGUCAAUAG